AUGAAAGAGUAUUGUGUCCAGGGGCCUGAAUGGGAAGAUGUGGCCUACAACGACACUUCCCUUACCUCUACAACAACCACUGGUGUCAUUGCAAAGCAGUAUUCCAUCUCUCAGGCUCAAUUCUACGCCUGGAAUCCAGCAAUUGGAGCGGAUUGCAUUGAUCUCGAAAUUGAUGAUGCCUAUUGUGUGAAGGCCCGGACGACCAUCAGCACAACAACAACUUCUUCAGUCGCCAGCCAGACAUCUACCGGGACAAGCAUCAGACCACCAGGUCCUACGCAGGCAAAUGUCCCAUCAAACUGCAAUGCAUAUGCCUUAGCCCAGACCGAUGAUGGUUGCCAGACUGAUGAUGGUUGCCAAACAUUUGCCGACCGCAACAAAAUCAUACUUGCGGAUCUAUACAAGUGGAAUCCGGUCCUCAACAAUGCCUGUGAGAACUUUUGGGCAAAGGAGGCCUACUGCAUUGGUGUCUCGUCUUAG